CUCUUGAACCAUCUUCCAUCUCACCGUCAUGCCCACGGAUCUGCAGUUCAGGGGUUAUGCCCUCGUCGACCCGAGCAAAUGGACAGACCUCCAAGUCCGCGAAUUCAAGCCCAAAAACUUUCAGCCUGACGACGUCGAGAUCGCCGUCACCCAUUGCGGUGUGUGCGGUUCCGAUGUGCAUACCCUCACUCGGGGUUGGGGCGAGUCCAAGCUCCCUCUCGUCGUGGGCCACGAGAUUGUCGGCACCGUCACCCGCGUAGGCGAAAAUGUCAAGGACUUCAAGCUCGGUGACAGGGCCGGGGUGGGUGCCCAACGUGGCAGCUGCAUGUCAUGCCGAGCCUGCAAGGACGGCUACGAGAACUACUGUCCUAACGGUAUCGAGACAUACAAUUCAGAAUAUCCCGAUGGCGUUGUCGCCCAGGGAGGUUAUUCGACUGGCAUCCGCGCCCACCAGCAGUUCGUCUUCCCGAUCCCAGACGAGAUCGAGUCCCGUGACGUCGCAUCCAUGUUGUGCGCGGGGCUCACUGUCUACUCGCCCCUCAAGACCCACGGGUGCGGCCCCGGGAAGAAGGUUGGCAUCAUGGGCAUUGGCGGACUUGGACACUACGCCAUCCUUUGGGCGAAGGCUAUGGGCGCCGAGGUUUAUGCGCUCACGCACGACCAGGGCAAGAUUGACGACAUCAAGCAGAUGGGUGCUGACCACGUCAUCAACACUGAGAAGAAGGACUUCUGGAAGGAAUAUCCACAAACGCUAGACAUUCUCCUCUCCACCAGAGACGUUCACGGUGAGAAGAUGCCACUCGGUGAUUGGCUCUCUAUGCUGUACGUCCACGGUCGCUUCAUUACCGUGGGUUUGCCCGACAUGGACGACCCGCUUCCUGGGAUCCAUGCGAUGAGAUUCGCCGCGAACGGCUGCAUGCUAGGAGGGAGCAAGAUUGGCAGUAAGCAGGAUUGCUUGGAAAUGCUAGAGCUUGCGCGGUCGAAGAAGAUCAAGCCGUGGGUCGAGGAGAUGCCCAUGAAGAAAGCUGGAACGGCGCUGCAGAAUGUGAAGGACAACAAGGUCAGGUACCGCUAUGUGCUUACGCAGGACCUCGUUUGAACAGCGUAUGUUACGAGAUUGAGUUGUU